AUUAUUUAGUUUCUACCAUUUGGCUCUAAAGUUUUAUACCAAAAAAAAACAUAAAAAUGUUGCAAAAUGGAAAAACCAUUUCCUUAUUAUAGUCUGAACUCCAACCAACCGCUAAAUGAAGACUUUCAUUUAGAAGAUGAGAUGUUACAAAAUUCAAAAAGAAACUAUACUUUUAGCACAGAUCCUGAUUCCAAUAUAGCAUAUCAGCGGUACAUGCAAAUCCUCAUCCGUGUGCAAAAUUCCUUGCAUCGAAGAUUUCUCCCCAGUAGGACUCUGAAUAUUCCGGCCUCCCGUAGCCGUAUCUCAGGUGGUGGAUUUUGCAAGAAAUCCAAAAAAUCCGAAAAGGUAAAAAAAAAUUCAAAUAAGCAAUGUGUCGACCAGCCUUCAUGCGAAGCCGCUAAUCCCUCGAAGCAAACUGAUUGCACCACUUAUGAUGAAACUUCCUGUCCGUGCAAUAAAAGUGUUUCCGAUAAAAGCCCGAAAAGCCACUGCAGUUCUAUGCCGGAACCCAAUGAGUCGCCAUGCUGCGUUGGACAUGAGAACAAGCGCAGGAGCUGUGUGUCCUUUCAAGAGCCCAUGGCCACGGAUAUUCCCAUAUAUGAUCCGCACUUCCGGGACUGCCCAUGCAUGGAGCCCGAUGAAUCCUGUCCGCCAGCCAACAACCCUUGUCGUGGCCAGGACCCACAUAAGGAUAUCCCAAAAACUUGUCCCGGAGAACCGCCGAAAGUGCCGGUACCCAAAAAAAAGACGGAGUCAUCCAGAAACCACGCAGGCUCACGACUUUGCAUGAGACCGAUAAUUGUGGUGCCCACGGGUGGGAGCACUAAACCGCUUAAGAAGCAUCAACCCAAGAAUUCCCAAGUAGUUAGCGCAGAUCACUCCAAGUCGCAGUCUGCAGCUCACUCGCAUAGUUAUAAAAGCUCCUCAAAGCACCAAGGAAAAAGCCAGCUUCCUGAAAAAUCUUAUAGCAGUAAGGAUUCUUCAGCAAACUGUUGCCAGCCUUCAGUGGAAAUCGAAGAGACUUGUUCAAUUUUAAGCGACACUCCCAGUAUCGAGGAAUUUUCUCAGUGCCAGUGCACAGAUCCAUUCUGUUGUUUCUACUUACCAGAGGAGCCCCAUUGCUCGACAAAUCCACCGGCAUGCACCAACUGCCCAGCUAUAUGCGACUUAUCCAAGCAGUUGGAGGAAAUGAAUCGUCGUUUGGAGGGUCUUCAGAGCCAGGAACUCUGCGACAUCCGCUCGCAGGUGAAUAUCCUCAAUGCGAAUGUUCAAAGUUUGGCCAACGAGUGCAUUCAAAAAAGAGAUUGUGCCAACAAGCUAGUCACGAAAGCGUCGAGCACCUGCCAGUUUUGCCAAGGGCAGUGUUUAAACAUCCUUGAUAGCUUCCACAGGCAACUGAUGGACUCAAUUAGGGAUCGUUGCCUGACAGACAUUGUAAUAACCUUGUUUCUACGAGCAGAUAAUGUCUAUCACGUAAAUGUGAGGGAUCUGUGCUCUGGCUGUUCCCUUGGUUGCUACCUGGUCACAGAUGCGGCCAUUGAGGAGGCCAUGGAGUUGGGAGUCUUCCAGGAGAUACUCACCUUCAGUGUAAUUGAUGUGCGGAAUACCAUCAAGUCGAAGAACUGCGCCUUGGGCAUCUCCUUUGAAUUCCAUCAUGCCAGUCGGCAGUGCGGUGGUUGUGAUUCCCCACUUCGUGGAACCUGUAUGGCAGGCAAGGAGUACAUGGCCAGGAUUCUCGGUCUUCCCAUUCAGCAGCUGGAGUACGUGUACUCCGUUCCACAAACCUAUGCCAAAAACACCGAAAACAAUUCUAGGAAACCCAGUAGACAUUUGGGAGUCGAAUUCCGUAGAAUUCAGUCGCACUCAGUUUCUACUCAAACGAAAUCCACAUGCAUAAAAGCUACAAAGGAAAUAAUCAAUUUGGAUGCAGAUAGACUGGGAUUGGAAAGAGGGACAAGGAGCUAUAUAAGGAGCACAAGACCACAGGGUAUACCCGCAGUUAGAAACCAAAAAAUGUUAUUAUAAAUUAUAGCAACAGACUUCAAAUACUAUUUUUUAAAUUUUUAAAUAAAAGGCAAUAUUUUUUUAAAUACAGAACAAGAGAACUGGGGAUAAUUUAAA